AUGGGCCCUCCACCCGCAUCCAACCUGCCUGUCGGCCAGCGUCUUGCUCAGCUCGCCCAAACUCUUCAAUUCGCCUGGUUCGGAGGUCACGUCUUCCUCCUCCUCGCUACCCUCCGCUACAGCUUGUCCUACAUCACAUUCAACUCGGCCUCGCGCUGGGCCACCUUCUCUUACCGCCUUGCUUUCCUCUCUGCCACCGUCACCUAUGGCAUCGUCGUCUACAAGGCGUUCCGCGCCCGCGCGAGAGCUGGAAAGCAGAGCGGUGUCUUCGCUCUGGCGACCGACGAGAACGUUCAAUACCUCAUCAUGGCUCUAGUAUGGCUCUUCUCCCGCAAGAUCCCUCUAGCCGUCCUCCCCUUUGCCGUCUACUCGGUUUUCCACGUUGCAACCUACGUGCGCUCCAACCUCCUCCCCACCCUUCAGGCCCCGCCAGCAGGAGCCGCACCCGGCACCAAGCCCCCGCCCUCGGCAACCGCCGACACCAUUGGCAAGUUCGUGAAGGAGUACUAUGACGGAAGCAUGACCCUCGUUGCCAUCCUUGAGAUUGCUCUCUGGUUCCGCGUCUUUGGAUCCGCCCUCCUCUUCCAGAAGGGCUCCUGGAUCCUCCUCGUCAUCUACACCGUCUUCUUCCGCGCCCGCUUCGCGCAAAGCGGCUUCGUCCAGGGCGCCAUCACCCAGCUUACUGCCCGCGUCGACGCUCAGCUCGCCAACCAGAGCACUCCUCCCGCCGCACGACAGGGCUGGGCGACAUUUAAGAACGUCGUCAGGCAGGCUGCGGACAUCACCGACAUCCGCAAGUAUGUCGGUGGACAGCAGGGUCCCGUUCCCAAGAAGGCCCAGUAG